AUGCUCUUCAUUAUCAUCUUUCUCUUCUCUAUUCCCUCAUUAGUUUUUUCCCAACCUUUUAGUAAUUUUCAAAGGUCGAAGGCAGUGUGUGAUGGCACGGAUAAUAAUGAUAAUCCAGAUAGGGGAGCUAUCUGCGGGAGACCAUUGGGUAUAAGCUUCUACUUUAGGACAAAUCAACUAUAUGUGACGGAUGCUUAUAAAGGACUCGUAGUGGUUCCACCUAAUGGAAGACUUGCAGAAAAUGUUGCCACCAGCGCAGAAGGAGUACCCUUCAAAUUUCCUUUCCAUUUGGAUGUUGAUCAAGUAACUGGAGAUGUAUAUUUCACUGACUUUAGUUCUCAGUUUCAACUAAGCCAACUUCUACAAGCCAUUGAUGCUCGCGAUGCAACAGGAAGGUUGCUAAAAUACAAUCCCAACACUAGAGAGACAACAGUGCUACUAAGAGGACUUACAGGAGCAGCCGGGGUUGCGCUCAGUUAUGACCGAACAUACCUCCUCGUCGCUGAGAUGAACGCAAACAGAGUUAAAAAACUAUGGCUCAGCGGGCCGAACGCUUUUACGACGGUCGAUCUGAUCACUUUCCAGGGAAGACCUAAUAAUAUCGAGAAGAACUCGCUGACAGAUUUCUGGGUGGUGGUGAACACACGAAUACCGGGAACGACGGCUGGUUCAUUCAUUAGAAUACCAUCCGCGGUUAGAAUUUCAGGAAUAGGUGGUGGUAUUUUGCAGACUGUGGAUCUUAGUAGAUAUUUUCCAAAUAUGACAAUUAGUGAAUUCCAACCGUAUGGCCUUGGAGGUUACAUCGGUUCCCUAAGGACUGAUUAUCUUGGUCGUGGUAACUACUAA